UGUCGUUGAAACUUUCUCUAUGGAAUCAAUUUACUAUUUAAAAGAACCACAAGUUGACAGAGAGGAAGACGUAAGGGCUAUCAUUGAAACUUUUCGUUCCCAGUUCUCGAAGAAGAUGUACGGUGGUCCUUUGUUCAAUCGACCGGCUUGUUGUUUUGCCCCGCAAAUAUUUGGAGCAGGGAAAACUUUUCUAGGCCGAAAUUUUUUGUCUUAUUUGAAUAUUUUUACUGAGCAUGAGUGUUCAAGUGUACAGACUUUUCAACAGCCACGCAGUUCAUAUGAGAAACCCCAGUUGAGUGCUCCGAAGGUUCCUUGGAAACACUUUGCGGAACACACAUUGUCAGUUGUCUUAGAACUAGGAGAGAAUUUUUCUCGUGCUCCUUUUGCAAGUUUUCGAAAGGCUUUAAGGUAUAACAUAGCUCUGGCUACAGCCGAGUGCAACGGUAUGACUGCCCGAGAAACUGUAGAAUUCACGGACGCAGCGAUGAAGCAACCUAGUGUUUUUUUAUUUCUCCAGUAUCUUCUCGAACAAUUUCAGAAACAAUAUUUAUUUUUGAUGAUAGACGAACUUAGCCACCUGAGUUACAUCACCAAAUACUAUAGUGAACUUACCAUGAAACAGUUCGUCGAGCCCAAUCCAAGUUAUAUCCCGUAUCGCAAAUUUUUUCGAACUGUAGAUGAGUUGCUUAAUACAGGAAAAGUUAUCCUAUAUAUUGCUGGGCGAACCGACGAAAUCUCAGCCCGCCUGUCUGAUGCUCGCUCCAGUAAAGUCACCCUCCAUAUGUUGCGGUUGAAUCCCUUUAAACUAAAUGAUAUUAACGAAUAUAUUGAGCUGGAAACUUAUAAUGGAAAGUCCUUGAAGGACUGGUUAUUGCCCUCAAAUGAUUUACGAUAUCAAUUCGUAGAAUUGUUGAAAAAGAAGACAGGAGGUAUUCCGUUAAUUGUAAAGAAUACUUUACUAGCCCUAGUAGAGAAACUUGCAAACUUAUCUCAACCUGCUAUCAACGAUGACAAUAUGGAACUUUUAUUAGAUAGUGUCUUUGAAGAUAUACUAAAUGAGUCAGGAACCUUUAUUAUUCCGGAGAUACUAGAUUCCGCAACCCUUCUUCGAUAUCAAUUUGUCCUUUUGAAUUAUCAACUCGGAACAGUUUUUCCAAUUGACUUUGUAAUUACUAUAUGUGGAACGAGAACUUAUUUGAUGGACUUGGUUGCAACUUUUGGGUUUUACCGUGAAAGUUGUGGAAUUGACGGGAUUGAUUUGGGCACCGAAUUCAAGAUUGGUUGUUGUGAAUUUAUAUUGAGAGCUCAUAGCAACUAUAAAUUUUUCCGUGAGGCUACUGAACUCUUUCCUUUAUCUCCGUUUAGUUAUAUUUCCGACACUUCAACAGCAAAGGGAGUCUUCUUUGAAUUUGUAUUUAUGAAGAUCUUUCGCUUUCGCUUAUUAACUUUUCUUCAUUCUAACUCCUCGCCUAUUGUACAUUCUGCUAUUCCAGGAAUUUUCCAGGGUUCUUUUAUUGAACAGGACAAUGUUUCUUAUUCUAUGGAAUCAACAAAAUCUAAUGAUAUACCCAUCUUGAGAAAUGUCUCUGAUUCAUUUUCUGAUCAUUAUAGAAAAUAUUUACAACGUUGUGGUAUUUUUGUUCCAAAAGAUGGCAAUUCUAGUGGCGCUGAUGCAUAUGUUGUAUUCCAUAAUGGACAAACACGUUAUGUUGUUGGAUUUUCAUUUAAAUUUUAUCACAAAACUGAAUUUUCGAAGAGAGAUAUUGAGAAGGAAGCAGAACAAUUUUUCCAAGAAGUUAUUUCCGUUUUGAAUGACGAAUCUCUUUCAUCUGUUCAACUUUGUUUUCAGUUUGUGGUAGUAUAUACUAGUUAUGGUCAAUCUGUAUUUUUCUCUGUUGAAGAACAUAAUAUUGUUGAAGAUGCAAGUUAUUUGGCCACUGAACAUUCUUCAGGGUCAACUUUGAAUGAAAGUAGUCGAUCAUGUCUGCAAUUGACAGUUGUUUCCCAAAGGAAUUUUGAACGAUUCUUGGGAAUAGAUAAUGUCGAAAUGUUGAGGAAAGUUGGGGAAGCAAACCGAGGAGAGUUCUGUAAAUAUUUUUCAGUAUGGUGUAAAACUAUCUUUGAGUCGAUGUCCAGUGCAUAUGUUUCAUCUUUGGAAGCUGAGCAAUCAAAUGUUACUUUAAGAGUAUCUCGAAAUAUAAGACAGAGAACAAGCAUGGAGAAUAGGAUGCAAAUGGAAGAGCUUCAAAGUGCUAUGCAAGUGGAAGAAGGAGAUACACGAGGCGAACAAAAGGUUGCAGCAUCGAGUUCUUUGUCUUCGUCAUUUGAUUGGAAUACUUUCCUAAGAGAACGUUGUGGUCUUUAUGAAGAGGACGUUGCUUAUUGUCUUCCGAAAGUCGAAGAUAUCGAUACGGACGAGCUUCCAGCGGUGACCGAAGAAAUUUUAAGGGACUUGGGUAUAGAUAAACCUGCGUUGAGGUCGAAGAUAAGAUCUUCUAUAAGGUCAUAUCUUGCUAGCGAAUGAUGAAUGUAUUUGAGAGUUUUUAUUUUUCAAUAUGUUUCGUUCAUUGUAUUUGCAACUGAUAAAUACCAAAUUUUCUUU